UAGCGUUUAAUUAUAAACUCCCGUUAGAUUUGGCCACCUUGUGCCGUUGUACCUUGCGCACACGGGAUCUGGAAUAAUGUCGAGGAAACGCUCGGCAUCUGCGGAAUCCGACUCUAAAUCGGAGUAUGAGGUUGAAGAUAUUUUGGAGUUUUGCAUGGUCAGGAAGCAGCCCAAAUAUUUGGUAAAAUGGAAGGGAUUCAGUGACUCGGACAAUACAUGGGAGCCUGAGAACAACCUUAAAAACUUGCGUGGCUUUGCUGUAAAGAUGAAGAAGUUGAAGGAUGAGUAUUUACAGCAGGACUCCAAGGUUCCGGCGCCUUCUGGCAAUGAGAAGUCUACUAAAGCUGCACCAGUACCUAAACCAACUGAGAUUAGUUCAACCGUCAAAAAGCAGAAGAAGCCUGACUCUAGUGAUUCAUCACCAGUUUCACCUAAAAAGAGUUCGCGUACUACUAGCAUUUCAGAAUCUACUAAGAACGUUAGCGUUGAGAUCCAACCUAGUUCUCGUCAAUCAUCACCGGUAGAAAAUCAGAACAAAUCCGCUGACAAGACGGCGGAUGUAAUGCAGGUUGCUACUAAGCCGGAGGAAGCUGUGGAGGUGGAGGACCUGCUUGAUUAUAAGCCCAGACUUAAGAAGGACUACUUCUUUGUAAGAUGGAAGGGUGAAUGGGAAGAUUCAUGGGAGCCUAGGCACAACCUUUUGAUUGUCGGCGACCUCAUGAACAAGAUGAACGAGUUGAAGAUGAGUUACAUGCGUAUAUACGGCACUAGUGAGAUGGAGGACGAUGUAUUUGUAACCGUCCAGUCGAUACGCAUUUCAGGUUCAGCAACCCUAUCUGCCGUGGUUGUUGAGAUGACAAGGGACACUGAAAGUCGCACUUUGCUACCUCUACAGGAGGUAAGGCGCCGUUGGCCACAGCAGUUGCUUGACUUUUUGCUGUCUAGGCUUCGUUUGAGGGCGUCCGGCGAUGUAAACGGCGAUCACGAGGUCAGCAGCACACAUGGAAUCCCACUGAAAUAGGCACACAUUUAGUUUGAUUUUAUGCAAAACAAUU